UUGGCUCCUGACAAAUUCUUCCUUCCCCGGGGUAGACUCUGGACUGAGAAACUGGUUCCGAUCGCAACGGAACCCGGCGCCAGGUGAUGCUGGGUCACGUGGCCGACGGCCCCAUGACGUACGGGCUGCGAGGCGUCACCGUGACGUUCGGGCGACCGACCAAGUGGCCCCACUACCUGCGACACCUGUGCAGCCGUGAUACAGUCAUGGACCUGGGACCGAUGCGCAAGAGUUACCGCGGGGACCAAGAGGCAUUUGACGAAGCUCAGCUGGCCUCUCUGGACCCCAUGAAGCAGUUUGCUGCCUGGUUUGAAGAGGCUGUUCAGUGUCCUGACAUAGGGGAAGCCAACGCCAUGUGUCUGGCUACCUGUACCAGAGAUGGGAAGCCCUCUGCUCGCAUGGUGCUGCUGAAGGGCUUUGGCAAGGAUGGCUUUCGCUUCUUCACUAACUUGGAGAGCCGAAAGGGAAAAGAGCUGGACUCUAAUCCCUUUGCUUCCCUUGUCUUCUAUUGGGAGCCUCUAAACCGUCAGGUGCGUGUGGAGGGCUCUGUGAAGAAGCUGCCAGAGGAGGAAGCCACCUACUACUUCCACUCCCGCCCCAAGAGCAGCCAGAUUGGGGCUGUGGUCAGUCACCAGAGUUCCGUGAUCCCUGAUCGGGAGUAUCUGAGAAAGAAAAAUAAGGAAUUGGAAAAGCUCUACCAGGAACAAGAGGUGCCGCGGCCAGAAUACUGGGGUGGCUACAUCCUGUACCCACAGGUGAUGGAAUUCUGGCAAGGCCAAACCAACCGCCUGCAUGACCGGAUCGUCUUUCGGCGGAGCCUCCAAACAGGAGGCUCCCCUUUGGGGCCCAUGACCCACCAAGGGGAAGAAGACUGGCUUUAUGAGAGACUUGCUCCCUGACUCCCAGUCUGUGGUGCCCACUGGAGCUAGGACCAGGUGCUGAGAGAAGGUGUGGGAUUGGGAACCAGGCCCUUCCAAACUCAACCCAUUCCCCUCCCCACUUCUUAUAUUUAGUUGGUUCUCAGUAAGCUGUCUAGUGGAAUGUAAUGGUGGCAUAGAGAAUCACAAAUGGAACAUAAUGUCAUAACUAUUUUCUUGAUUUUGACAAUAAUUUAUUUUAAUAGCUCCCUCUAGGGGUAGCAGCUGGAGUGAUUUCCUUUUCUGAUGACACAGGGUGAGUCCCCAGCAGCCUGUCUUUUUACCACCAGUGACACAGCCAGUACUGGCCAAAGCUGAUUGGUCCCAGCAUAAGCACCUGAGCCAAUCUAGCCAAUCCAUUUUUCUGGUCAACUAUUUAAAAUUUGAAAUGGAGAGACCCAGAGCAUGAUGCAUCAUUGUAGCCAAGUCAAUAAUGGCAACCAAGAAGCAAUAGCCUCGGGCUGCUGCUCUUGCAAUUCCCUGCAGGGCUCUGGAUCCCUCCUUCCCCUGUCUGGGCUGUGCAGGUCCUCGUCCUCCUGCUUCAAACACCCACUACCCCUAAAAAAAAUUUUUUUUUUUUUUUGGUACGUACCCCUAGCGGGAACCGAACCCAGGACUCUCCGGUC